GCAUUCUAAAUAAAGAUCCUUUGACCCCUGUGAACGGGGUGGGGAGGGGAGAGGAGGGAGGGAGAAAACCCGAACUGGAUGCCUUGAAGGAGGAUAGUCCUCACAGAUUCCCCACCUGGAGGAGGCACCUGCUUCUGGCUGCUUUGCUGUGUUUCUGGACUGAGCGCGCCUGUUGUCCUCCGGGGGCUCUAGCAAAAACCGAAGCGGAUCCCGCCAAGGUUGAAGUCGACCGACGGGACGGAGCAAAAGGUUCUCUCGGGGCAGCCGGAGGCGGUAAGACAGCCCGGGGUGAAACAUUAGUUACGCCGCUGGCCUGGCUCGGCGGCUCUGUUCCUACUCGCGGCCUUUCUUCCCUCUGGCCGGCUGCCGGAGUUAACUCGGGUAAGGCGGCGUCCUCGGCUGAACUCCGUUCGGCGAGGGCGUCUCUGAUGCGCUGGGGAGGCGCCUAUGGCAGAUGCGAAUUGUCGCUGCGGCCCCUGUUGUCCAGACUGCGAAGCGGACGUCCUCCAGCCGAGCGAGGUGACGCCGCCGGGGCGGAAGGGAGACGCGGGCCUGGCUGCAGACGCCUUUGGGUGGGCUUCUCUCAGGGGCCAAAGUAGGUUGAUUGAGCCAAAAGUCUCGUGGUUUCUAUUCGCUUACAAGUUUUUAUGGGGCUUUGGGGAGAUGGAUCUGCCUUUGGAGGAACCGCCAACCCAGCCUCCAUCAGAACCACUAUCGGCACCUCCAAAUUCUAUGCCGGUGGGUGAGCUCCAGAGUGCCAUGUCUUGUUUUGCAGAGGAGACUGUGUCAUUCCUCUCUGUCAAUAGCUUGGUAAGCCAGUCCCUGCUCAGAGCAGCUAGCAGCCUGGGGGCACAGCAGAAAGAGCAAGGGGUGCCCUCAGCCAUGGCCCGGCGCAAGCGAGAAUUCACUCCAGAUGAUAAGAAGGAUGAUGGCUACUGGGACAAGAGGAAGAAGAACAACGAAGCAGCCAAACGCUCUCGAGAGAAACGGCGGGUCAGUGAUUUAGCCCUGGAGGGACGAGUUUUGGCCCUGCUGGAGGAAAAUGCCCGCCUGAAGGCAGAACUCCUAGCCCUCAAGUUUCGCUUUGGCUUGAUCCGGGAUCCAGUAGAAGCUCCUCAACCAGCACUUACACUGGCCAGUGAACUCCAUCGGUCAGCCGCUCUAUCCCAGCACUUCCCAGUGGCUCCUGAGCUACCCCGCUACCCUUGCACCUUCCACCCAGAGCCAGCUACCAGUUCUGAGGACUCUGGCUUUUCCACCCCAGGAAGUUCCAACCUGGGAAGUCCUGUCUUUUUUGAGGAACGUGACAGGUCAGAGGAAGGAAUUAUGUAUGAGAGGCAUUGCCUAGUACCCGAUGCUUCAGCUGAUGGAGCUGAUCUGGGCCGUGUUGUCCGUUACGACUCCGGGGAGAGCAUCAAAGGUCUUCCCCACAAGUUGCGUUUCAAAAUGGCGGUAGGGUCAGAGGAGAUAGCUGGAGAGCAAUCUGCACACUGCCCACCUUCUCCACCGGGAGGAACAUGGAGGGGGCUGGUGACACGGAAAGACCAGCUAAGCACAGGGUGUUCUGCAGGUCCCCUGGCAGUUGAGAGUAAUGGUGAAACGGAGAUCCCCAGGGCCCCUCAAGAACCUGAGUACCAGGUAGAGAACCGCUCCCUACAAUGUCAGCUGGCCUCACUUUCAGCUGAAGUGGCCCAGCUGAAAAAACUGUUCUCUGAACAAAUCCUCAUCAAGAUGAAUUGAAGGGGGGAGACAAAGGUAGAAGGCGGUCCCUUUUCUUCCCUUCUUUCCUAGGGCUACCAAAUGUUGGCUGCAAAAAUUGAAUUACCACUAGAUGGUAGGCAAGAGCUAAUUUUUUUAUCCAUUUCUCUUCUGUCCUAUUAAGUAGUCAAGAAUUGUGCAGCCCAAAUCUUGUAUCCUUAUUUUCCCCCUUU